GUUAAAACAGUAGCACCGCUUUGUUCCGCUGGUCACGAUGGCAGCGGUCCUGCCAAGCUCGGCCCGAUGGCUCUCGACGAUUCGGAAGGGCAAGUCGGUCUCGAGCGCGCGAUGGCUCAACCGCCAGCAGAACGACCACAUCGUCAAGCAGGCCAAGCGCGAAGGCCUUCGGUCCCGCGCAGCGCUCAAGCUCCGCGAGAUCAACGCGAAAUUCAACGUCGUGCGCAAAGGCAACGUUGUGAUCGACCUCGGCGCCGCGCCUGGCGGCUGGACGCAGAUUGCGAUCGACGAGUGUCGAAAGGGCAGCCCGCCCGAAGACCCCGAGAAGCCCGGCAAAGUCAACGUCAUUGCGAUCGACUUGCUGCACUUUGUCGCGUUUCCAGGCGUCGGCGUCAUCGUCGGCGACUUUCGCAAGCCCGAGAUCCAGGCCAAGAUCACAGACUACUUGGCCGGCCGGCAAGCCGACGUGGUCCUGAGUGACAUGGCACCGUCCUUCUCGGGGCUUGGCUUCCGCGACAGCGAAGACCAGCUGCGUUUGUGCCAGAACGCAUUGCGCAUGGCGCAGCUCUACCUCAAGCCCGGCGGCCGGUUCGUCUCCAAGGUGCUGCGGUCGCCGGCCGGCGAUCAAUUCCGGCAAGAGCUCAAGCCGUUCUUCGAGCAAGUCAAGGCCAUGAAGCCCGAGUCGUCGCGGCCCGAGUCGACCGAGAUCUUCUUUAUUGGCCUCGGCUUCAAGCGCCCGGACGAGUCGCAAUAAUUCACAUGGGGAGAAAAGUCUCAAA